AUGUUGCUGCGACGGCUCGUCUCGCCACAAGUCCUCAACAGCUUCUCCGUCCGGUGGAACUGCCCGUGGCACAGAAGCAACUUCAGGCCCUGCUAUUUUCCCUUCAAAAUCAAGGACAAGGUCAACACCGAAACCGUUGAAGCCCGAACAAAAACACGAGGCGGACGUUUGAUGCUGAUGCGACGGGUCCUGCGCGAACAACCAUUUUUGGGCUAUAUAACCGCGCCGAAGCCAAGCGACAAAGUGGAAUUCCCUCUG